CCUCGCUGAAUUCUGGGCAAAGUUUACGUCUCGGAAGAGAUAUCCCCUUAUAACAAUGAUCGUAGCGAUAGGGGUUCUUGCCCUUAUUCUCGGAUUAGUGUUAGGCCUACCUCAAGGGAGUGAUGGGGGUGGGGGAUCUGUGAAAUCCUCGGAGGGGAGGACCAGCCCAUCAUGGUAUCCUAGUCCGAAGGGAGGGACUGUGGAUCAAUGGGCGGAAAGCUACCGAAAAGCUGCGAGUCUAGUACGGAAGAUGAGUUUGGCUGAGAAAGUUAAUGUCACCACAGGGAUUGGAUGGUCAAUGGGCCCCUGCGUAGGGAAUACUGGGACCACAAAAGUUGAAUUCCCUUCUUUGUGUCUUCAGGAUGGACCGCUUGGUGUCAGAUUUGCAGAUUCUAUCACUGUAUUCCCGGCUGGGAUUACGACUGCUGCGACAUGGUCAAGGAAGCUUAUGUAUGAUCGCGCAAGAGUGCUGGGUAACGAAGCUAGAGAGAAGGGUGUUAAUGUGUUACUCGGCCCCUGCAUUGGCCCUAUCGGCCGGUCUCCCCUGGGUGGGAGGAAUUGGGAGGGCUUUGGGAGUGACCCGUAUCUACAAGGAAUCGCAGGAGGUUUGAGUGUUCAGGGAAUACAAGAUGGAGGGGCUAUUGCAACUGCAAAGCACUUUGUUGCCAAUGAGCAAGAAAAAUUUCGUCAACUCUCUGAGAUUUUGAGUCAAGGUUUCAAAAACGUCACUGCCCCCCUUAGUUCAAAUAUUGGUGAUAGAGCAUUAAGGGAAUUAUACAUUUGGCCGUUCAUGGAUACCGUUCGUAUGGGAGUGGGAAGUAUUAUGUGCGGUUACAAUCAAAUUAACAAUUCAAAUGCUUGUCAAAACAGCUACAUCUUGAAUGGGGUACUUAAGGACGAGUUGGGAUUCCAGGGGUUUGUGAUGAGUGAUUGCAUGUGCCUCCUUGAGACGGACAUGACUAUGCCUGGGGACGGGCUCCUGUGGGCUGAUGGAGACUCUCUUUUGGGUCCGCAGCUCACUCGGGCUGUAUUAAAUGGCAGUGUGCCCAUCGAUAGGUUGGAUGAUAUGGUUCUACGAAUCGUGGCAACCUGGUACCAACUCGGCCAAGACGAUGCGUCUUACCCCCGCCCCAACUUUUCCAGUUGGUUCAGGACCUCCACUGGCCCAACUUAUGUCGGCGUGGGUUCUUCUGCAGGAAACAGCUUGCAGAAUUUUUACGUGGACGUUAGAGAUGAUCAUCACGAGGUUGCGAGGGCGAUCGCUGCCGAAAGCAUCACACUCCUAAAGAACAUCAAGGGGGCUCUACCAUUUAAAUCCGGCAAGGAAGCAAAGAAAUCCAUCAUGAUAUUUGGAAGCGACGCUGGCCCAAAUCUCCUGGGCCCCAAUGGCUGCCCCGAUAGAAGUUGCAAUAACGGCACUUUAGGGCAGGGCUGGGGCUCUGGAACUGCUGAAUACGCAUACUUGGUCACGCCCCUCGAAGCCAUCCAAGCAAAAGCAUCCACCGACAGAACAAUGGUUGAGUAUGUUCUGGACGAUUAUCACUAUGAUAGAAUUAAUUCCACAGCUAAAAAGACACCGAACGCCACUUGCCUAGUCUUUGUGAGUAGCGAUUCCGGUGAGGGGUACACAUCUGCCGAAGGCGUAUUAGGAGAUAGGGUUGAUUUGAAACUGUGGCAUGGAGGUGACAAACUGAUCCUCUCUGUUGCCGAAAGGUGUAGCAACACCAUUGUCAUCAUUCACUCCGUAGGCCCCGUCGAUAUGGAGGCCUGGAUUGAGCAUAAGAACGUCACCGCUGUUUUAUUGGCACACCUUCCUGGCCAAGAGAGUGGCACAGCGUUACUCGAUGUGCUCUAUGGGAGCAUCAAUCCCAGCGGCAGACUUCCUUACACAAUAGGAAAAUCGCUAGCAGAUUACGGCCCCGUAGCACCUAUCAUGAUGCAACCUGGCGGGCCUGUCCCACAGCAAGACUUCUCCGAAGGCCUUUACAUCGACUACCGCCACUUCGACAGGAACGGGAUAACCCCACGUUUCGAAUUCGGCUUCGGACUUUCCUACACUACCUUUGAAUUCUCUAACAUGGUAAUCACUCAAACCAAGGUGCCAACCGAAUUCCCGCCAGCCCGGCCGGUUGGCGGCGGCCAUCCAGCGCUCUUCGACACGAUCUUCCACGUUACUGUAUCUGUUAAGAACACCGGUAGCAUUCCCGGCAAUGCUGUCCCGCAAUUAUACAUUAUUGGUGCGGGACCAGGCGAGACGGUGGUUGUCGGGUUUGAUAUCAUGAGGCGAGAUCUAAGUUAUUGGGAUGAGCAGAGGGGGAAUUGGAGGAUCCCACUUGACAAGGAGGGGAAUAUCGGGGCUUAUGAGAUUUUUGUGGGGGAUAGUUCGAGAGGGAAGGGCGUUACUGGAAGGACGGAGGUUGUUAAGGUUUGA